AUGCAAAGUGAUUCGUCGUCGCUCGACACGCUCAAAGAUAAUUUGUUGCGCGCCGUCGAUGCCGAAUACAAUGUUACUAAAUGUGAAGUUGUAUUGGAUAUUAUUUGUCAAUUAGAAAAAAUGGAAAUAACAAAAGAUCAAUUACAAUCAACUCGUCUUGGUCGUGAAAUAAAUACCAUACGUCAAAAAAUUGAUGCAAGAAAAAAAAAUCUUCAACAAAUAGAUAAAUAUGCCGAUAUCUAUAUUGAAAUAGCUCAACGUGCAAAGAAAUUACUUCGUUCUUGGCAAGGUUUAUUGAAUACUUCACAAACCGAUUCAACAUCUAUUACAUCAACGCCGCCAACAAAUGGUGAUACAAAACCUCGUCUUAUACUUAAAGUUAAAUUUAAUUCACCAAUAACAAAACGUAAACGUGAUUUAGAUUCUCAUACAAUUAAUGGAACGAAUAAUAAACGAAAAAAAACUCAUAUUAUUGAAACAUCUGUACCAUUACAAACACCUAUUUCACCAGUUAUAUUAACUGAAACGAAUAGUAGUUUACCACGUUUAAAAACAACUCAACAACUUUUAUUGGAAAUGCAAAUGAAUGAACCAAGUGUUUUAGCCACACAAACAUCAACUGUUGAUGCAAUAUUACAAAAGAAAAUUAUCGAUGAAAGUCUUCAUGAAACAGUUAAACUUGAUUAUUCCGCUCUACAUAAUGGAAAAGAUUUCAAUAAUACCAAUAUAAAUUCUACUCAUUUUCAAAAACAAUUAUCAUCAAUCACAUCUCCAAGCAAUAAUAAUCAUAUACCCGGUUCAUCUUCAAAACGUAAACCACUUAUUCGACGUCCAUCAUCAUCGUUAAUAACUUCAAAUACAAAUUGGGAAAAUGGGAGUAGUGCUGGUUCACCUAUUUCACCAUUAUCAUCGACAUCUUCUUCAUCAUCCAUGACAAGUACAACAUCUUGGCCAUUAUCUACAAUCAUUCCUGAACCAACAUUAACCAUUCCUAUUCUAUCAAAAUCGAAACGUCAAAAAAAACAUGAUGAUUUAUCAACUAAUGAACAGUUAGCAACAUUUUCAUCUGAUAUUGCAACUAUAUGUGCAUCAUAUAAUACAAUUGCUGAUCUUAUGGAAGAUCAUCGUCGACGCAUAUUAGCUGAACAUGAUUCUCGAGAAUUAGAAGCAAGACCUGAUCUAUUAUUAGUACCAAUUGAUCAACUUGCUUUUGUUUAUGAACGAGAAAAAACAAAAGAAUUAAAUCUACCAAUUCAAUCAACACAUUCAUCUAUAACUUCAAUUGAAAAACUAAAUCAACCAUCGGAUUGUAUUGCUUUACCGUUUAUUGAUUGUCCAUUUGAAUUUGAUCUCAUACUUGAUGAACUAAUUGUACAACAUCCGAUACUAGACAUGUAA